AUCCAAGAUGGCUGCGCCCAUGUACUACCGGUAGCAUCUGAUGACCUUUCUGCUUCCUUUUCGUCACCUGGUCUCUGCGGCUUCAAGGCCGAGCACGGAGAUCAUGCUGGGCCGGACUCUUCGAGAAGUGUCUGCAGCUCUGAAACAAGGCCAGAUUACCCCAACUGAGCUCUGUCAAAAAUGCCUCUCUCUAAUCAAGAAGACCAAGUUUUUAAAUGCUUAUAUUACUGUAACAGAGGAAGUGGCCUUAAAGCACGCUGAAGAAUCAGAGAAGAGAUAUAAGGAAGGUCACUCACUUGGGGAAUUGGAUGGAAUUCCCAUUGCAAUAAAGGACAACUUUAGCACAGCUGGAAUUGAAACAACAUGUGCUUCAAAAAUGCUAAAAGGUUAUAUACCACCCUAUAAUGCUACAGUUGUUCAGAAGUUGUUGGAUCAGGGAGCUGUGUUAAUGGGAAAAACAAAUUUAGAUGAGUUUGCUAUGGGGUCUGGAAGCACAGACAGUGUGUUUGGACCAGUCAAAAACCCCUGGAGCUAUUCAAAACAAUAUAGAGAAAAGAGGAAGCAGAAGCGCCAGGCUGAGGAUGAGGAUGCAGAUUGGCUCAUAGCUGGAGGAAGCUCGGGAGGGAGCGCAGCCGCUGUCUCAGCCUUCACGUGCUUUGCGGCUUUAGGAUCGGAUACAGGAGGAUCAACCAGAAAUCCUGCUGCCCAAUGUGGGCUUGUUGGCUUAAAGCCAACCUAUGGCUUGGUUUCUCGUCAUGGUCUCAUUCCCCUGGUGAACUCAAUGGAUGUGCCAGGAAUCCUAACCAGAUGUGUGGAUGAUGCAGCAGUUGUGUUGGGUGUUCUGGCUGGGCAUGACCCCAAGGAUUCUACCACAGUACAGGAUCCCGUUAAACCCUUUAUGCUUCCCACUUUGGCAGAUGUGAGCAAGCUCUGUAUAGGAAUUCCCAAGGAGUAUCUUGUACCAGAAUUAUCAAGUGAAGUACAAUCUCUUUGGUCCAAAGCUGCUGACCUUUUUGAGUCUGCGGGUGCUCAAGUGAAGGAAGUGUCUCUUCCUCAUACCAGUUACUCAGUUGUCUGCUACCAUGUAUUGUGCACCUCAGAAGUGGCAUCGAAUAUGGCAAGGUUUGAUGGACUUGAAUAUGGGCACAGAUGCAACAAUGAUGUGUCUACUGAAGCCAUGUACGCUGCCACCAGACGAGAAGGGUUCAAUGAUGUGGUGAAAGGAAGAAUUCUCUCAGGAAACUUUUUCCUAUUAAAAGAAAACUAUGAGGAUUACUUUGUCAAAGCCCAGAAAGUAAGGCGUCUCAUUGCUAACGACUUUGGGAGUGUUUUUAAGUCUGGGGUGGACGUCCUGCUCACCCCCACCACCUUGAGGGAGGCAGUACCGUACCUGGAGUUCAUCAAAGAGGACAAUAGAACGCGAAGUGCCCAGGAAGAUGUCUUCACCCAGGCCGUCAAUCUGGCAGGCUUGCCGGCUGUCAACGUCCCUGUGUCCCUCUCGAGCAAAGGGCUGCCGCUUGGACUGCAGUUUAUUGGACAGGCAUUUUGUGACCAGAAGCUUCUUACAGUUGCCAAGUGGUUUGAAAAACAAGUGCAGUUCCCUGUCAUCCAACUUCCAGAACUAAUGGAUGAUUGUUCUUCCAUCUUUGAAAAUAAUCAAAUGCCAUCUCUUUCUCUAAAACAGUAGUGAUAAACAAAUCAGGUGUAUUGGAAUAACUUUCAGAGAUUUUAUUUUUCUAGACAAGGCAAAUGAUCUUAUAAAACUCUUGUUAGUAGGUUUAUUGCUAGCAGUCAUUCCUUGGAAUAAUUUUUUUAAAUUCUUUUGAUGCACUUAAUUAUAAAUAGUCUGUCAGUGUUCAUUAAGCAUCCACCAAAAACAAAGUAUAUUUGUCUUUGUAUUUGCAGCAGAUGUUCCCAGAACAUGGUGCAUUUAAAAAAAAACAGAACUUGGGCUGGAGCUCGCACGUGGCUAUUGUAGUUCAGUACCACAUAUGGUCCCCCAAGCACCACCGGGAGUGAUCCUUGAAUACAGAGCUGAGAAUAAGCCCAGAGCACCUCCAGGUGUGGCCCAGAAACCAAUCCAACAUAAUGCCAUAAAAAUAAAUCAGAAAAAAUUCUCUUUGUCAUUAGCACCAACUAAAGCAGUCAGUGCUAUCUUCUGAGACACCUUGAAGAGCCAGGCAGACAGGUAGCUCAGCAGUAAGGGAGCUUGCUCAGGGAAUGUUGAAAUGUAAAACAUAAUAAUGUGCAGAUAUUUGCCUGUGAGUGCGGAUAUUUGUCUGGGGGUGCUGGGCAGAGGAGCAGUGGGCGCAGUCGGCAGUGUUCCCGGAUCCAGAGUCUCACAGAGAGG